AUGGCUGGAGCCACCACGCCGGCAUCUGGCGCCCUCGUCAGGGUCUGCCUGCCUCCGCUCCUGCUCCUCUUUCUCUACGGGUGCUGCAGAUGUGGGGCUGUCGAGAGGGAGAGAACCCUUGCGAUGAUCAAGCCGGAUGGUUUGUCAGGUAAGUACACGGAAAAAAUCAAGGCGGCCAUCUUGGAUUCUGGAUUUCACAUCGUCAAAGAGACCGAGGUCCAGCUUGAUGCUGAGAGGGCGUCUCUCUUCUAUGUGGAGCAUUCCCAGAGAAGCUUCUUUGACAGCCUAGUCAAGUAUAUAACAAGUGGUCCAGUUCUCGCUAUGGUUCUGGAAAGACAUGAUGCCAUUGCGCAAUGGAGAGCUUUGAUUGGACCAACUGAUGCAAGAAAGGCCAAAACCUCUCAUCCAAACAGCAUUAGAGCAAUGUGUGGGCUGGACUCAGAGAAAAAUUGCGUGCAUGGUUCAGAUUCACCGGAAUCUGCAGCCAGAGAGAUCUCAUUUUUCUUUGGAGAAGCUGAUUCUGUUGAUGAAUACUUAGGUGCAUCAGUUGAGGGCUUGACACCACAUGAUGAGAACCUAGCUAGUGUGGCUUCAUAUACAGAGUUCUCAGAGACUGAUCUGCAGAUUGUGAUUGCUAAGGAUGGCUGA